AUGACACAUUCACAACCACUUGUCAUAUUUUUUACAGUCUCAAGUAUAAUAUUUAAUAUACAUGCCCAAUAUAUUGGCAAACCGCAAACUAACGAAAUAAAAGCUGUAUUAAAGCAUUCAGUAGAAUUAAAAUGUGAAUAUACAGGUGAGGAUGGCAAUGGUCAAUUUAUUGAAUGGUACAAAGAUGGUGUAGCUGUAAGCACCGAAAAAGCUGGCCAUUAUGCUGUUACAACUACUGAAAAAGAAUCGACUCUUACAAUAAAAAUCUUCGUUGUUAACGAUACCGCCGUUCAAUUCUGGCAGGUUAAAACAAAUAAACCCGGUUAUGAAGAACCUAGCGAAUGUCGAUUUGAAAAAAUAUCAGCUAUACCAUCUCCACAAAGUAUAGAAACAAAUCGAGCGAAUGAAAAAAUUGAAUCUCGUCAAGGAUCAAUACGGCGUAGUGAAGAUAAAGCAGUUGUUUUGAAAUGCAUUAUUGAACCAAAACCAGAGAAUUACGAUGAGAAUGAAAUUGUAUGGGAAUAUAGUAAAGACGAAGAAUCGUAUUCGACUCUUCCUCUUUCAGUCACAAAGGAAGGCGAUAAAAUAAGCAUUGAACAUGUUAAAAAAUUUCAUAAUGGUUUUUAUCAGUGUGCAAUGAAUAAUGUUACAUUUUCAGUUUUAUUACGUGUUAAAGAUCGGUUAGCAGCGCUCUGGCCAUUUAUUGGUAUUGUUAGUGUUGUCAUUGUUCUUGUCAUCAUCAUUUUAAUUUUUGAAAAACGUCAAAAAUCAAAUAAAAAAUCUUCGACCGAUGAUGAUGAUCAAGAUCAAGCGAAUGAUCCACUUGUACGUGCAACAACAAACCCAUCAGAUAAUGAUACUAAAAAACGUGCAGUUAAUGCUUAA